ACUAGUCCAAUCUAGUCUCAUCGGAGGAUUCCGAGGCAGCAGCACAGUUUGUCCGUCGGCACCAUGCAGUAACUGAUUGCCCGAGGGUCCACACCCGAAGCUGAAUCUGAGAUGUGGCCUCGCCGUCUCCAAACGCUCGUUAGAGUCCAUCUGUCCAAUCUCCGACGGUACCCGAAUUCCCUACCGAACACGCCGCCCAAUGCUCAGAACAAUCAAUGGCCAGACGUGCGAGCUGGCAAGACCGGAGUGGCUGGGCUCCUUCCAUCACUCACUUGCCAUCGAUAUGCUUCGAUCUGCGUUCAGAACGGUGGUAAUUUGGUCCAAUUUAGGGGUUGUCGCCAUCGAUAUUCUGGGUUUCGAUUCCACCUGACUUUGUGACUUUAUUGAGAUGCCUUUGUAGGCGUGCGGGCAAACUAGCCAUAAACAGUAAUUUGAUCAUUAAUUAGAUCAUUUUCAGAUGAUUCUAAGGCCAUUGAAGCAUAGCAUGUGUCUCGCGGCUCGCCUCUCUGCCGUCUCUAGACGCUCUUUCUCUGGGCUGUGUUCCAUGUGACUAGUGGCGACGCCACAGUACGAAUGUACUCGACGAAUCUGUCACCAUUAACUCAGCGACGAGCCCUUAUUAUGGUGCGCGUAUGGCUUGCUGGCGACCGUGUCGAGCUCAUGGGAGAGAUCAAUUACGCCUCUUUGGCUUUCAAUUUGUGUGUGGGAAAGCCUAAGCCGAGUCCAGUUUGACGAGUUUGGCCUUCUGUCGGCUCUCUCGCUCCUUAGAUUACAUCAUUAAUGAGUACUGCAAAUGUGGGCCUGGAAAUUUCUGGGGUUACUGUAGAUCAUCAUACUGUACCCAUGCAUGCCUGGGUCAGGUCCUCCCUCCCUUCCUCCCCCCUACUAAACUCGAAGCAUGAGGUGUUUAAUGUCGUUUGUCAUGUCUAUGCCCAUACUGUACAUAUAGCAGCUGUCUCUCGCCCCGCCCAAACUACUCGUCAUAGCCGUCGCGCUUGUCUUGCCCUGCGAAUUGACCCGCUUAUCUUUUGUCUUUUCUUAAUGAAUGAGGAUUAUUGACUGAUGACUGAGGGAAGACAUGUAAUCUUCUCAGCUUCCAAUUAGGCGAUCGCCCAUACGUGGGGCUGAGAGCACGUCUUUCGCCAAUCUGUAAAAGGGUGAUGAUGCUAAACAAGCGUGAUGCUCGUUUAGCAUCAUCACACUCCUUCCUCUUGCGGAUCCGCGCCUGGCUGAAGCUACACAUUUUCACACGCUUAAAUCGAAACUUCUGCUUGAACACAAAGCCAAGACACAUACCGCUUUCACCACUACUGCUCGUGCUGCCGGAAGCUCUUGUGGACUGAAGGUCGAAUGAAGGUAUUCUCAAGCCGGGAGUUCUGUCCCACCGAGAAGGCACGGAAGACCAAUUGCUUCUGCUACCGGAGUGAUCGCAUGGAAGGCCUUGUAUAGGCAGGAAGGAGCUGCGACUGCCUGAAGAUUUCAUUUCAAAGAUCGAAUGGUUCAAAGAUCAACGGUUCAGAUCAUACUUCAGAGCCAGAGUCAUAUUUAUUUGCUGCUCGUUUAGCAUCUACUCCAAGGGUUAGAUUUGACAUACUAGCAAUUAUGGAAACAAAUGUCCGCAAGGGGGAAGACAUGUAAUCUUCUCAGCUUCCAGUAAGGCGAUAGACCACAUGUGGGGUUGAGAGCAACUCUUUCGCCAAUCUAUAAACGGGUAAUGAUGCUAAACAAGCGUGCUGCUCGUUUAGCAUCUACUCCAAGGUCUCCUUCUCCAAGGUAAGCUUUUGGGUUUCAGUAGUUUUGUUUGUUUGUAUUUCCAUGUUUCGGGCCAGCUCAAAAAUUCGGGUGCCAUUGACUUGACUAUUUCCUCGACACAAACUUACUAACCGUUCAAUUGAGUCUUCUCUUCUGUCUAUCAUGCACGUCGUAAUCUUUUCGUGGCCUAUCGUCCCUCUCAUACGUCCUGUAUCGAUUGUCACUGGCAUUGUGCGACUUCCCUGACCUGUCAUGGUCAUUGAAGGACCUUGAAUGCCUUUCUUCACGACCAAAAUCCUCCCUCUGUUUAUAAUCCCCAUUCUCAUGAUACAUUGAAGACCUGUACUCCUUGUCAUACUCUCUCGUAGACUUCCAUUCAAUUUCAAACCUUCUAGAUCUGUCACUGCGAUCGUAAUAGUUCUCCGAUGGUCUGUUGUUCUCUCUGUAUCGGUCACCAACGUCGGCUUCCCUUCCUAAUCUAUCAUCAUUCAUAUCACGUUCUCUCUCACGUCGUUCCUCCUUUCGUGGAGCAGUGGGACUCCUGUCUCUUGUGGACAUCUGCGAUCGUCUGUCAGGUCCGGCUUCUCUGUCGAUCCUGUGAUCGGCCUCCACCCGUCUCGUGGUUACUAAACUAAACUGGAAGCAGCUGUCUCUCGCCCCGCCCGCCCAAACUACUCGUCAUAGCCACCCGCGCUUGUCCUGCCCUGCGAAUUGACCAGCUCGUCUUCUGAUUUCUGCUACGUAAUGAGGAUGACUGAGGGAAGACAUGUAAUCUUCUCAGCUAUUGGAGCUUCUCAGCUGAGCUUCUCAAUCUUCUCAGAUUAGAGUUGCGAGUAUUUUCUUGACUAGAAGACGAUGUGAGAAUAUUUCGAGUAUGCAGGACGAGCAGCAUAGGUAGCGCAGCGCGGCACAGCUAAACGCUGAAGCAACGAGCAAGGGAGCGGGUGCCUGCAUCGCAUCGAGCGAGGUGCGCAGCAGGCGGGACGAGGAGACGUGCCAGAAACGAGAGGAGGAGCAGUUUAAGAAACGCUACGAUGUAAUUUGGUACGAUUUGGUACCAUCGACGCUAUGAUGUUGCUGUUCCGCAAUCACAUUGUCUCGAGGUCCAGUUCCAGGUCCUACGUUCCUGAAGCAUGCUUUGCAUCAAGUCCUAUUAACCAAUUUCUACAACAGUAGGAAGAUGUCAUGAGCGAAGUUCAGCUCAGGAUACGAAGGCAUUGUUUGUCCAGCUUCCAGCGCAUUGUUGGCCUUCGUUUGUGUGUGAAUGGUCCUGUAUCAGAUUAUGGUAGUGCAGUCUGCCGUGAUUGCAAGAUUUUCUCAUGACUAUAGGCACUAAAAAUGCACCCUUGUUAUCUCCCGGUCUCACUUCGCUGGAGCUUUUCCAUGGACUUGCCCUCACACAUGUACGUCUAUGCUUUUCUACUUUUCUUCGCCGUGUGCAGCUAUGAA